CUCCGCUCCGCGCAGCACCGCGCACCGCUCCGCGGGGGGAAAAAAGGGGGAAAACACCCCGAAAUAAACCAAACUCGCACAGCUUGUCCUCGUUGCUGCAGGAUGAAUUAGGAAGGCAAAGCCUGUUCCUUGAGCCAUGGAGACGAGGGCAUCCUUCAUUGCCAGCAUGAGAGAGACCCAGCACCUCUCCCCAGAGAAGGAUCCCAGCCCAGCCAACGGCGACGGGGAGCAGUUUGAUUCAGAUGAGGGCUCCAGCAUUGAGGACACAGACUUCAACUGGGAUGAGUUCCUGGAGGAAACAGGAGCCAGUGCUGCUCCCCACACCUCCUUCAAACACGUUGAAAUCAGCCUUCAAAGCAGUUUCCAGCCAGGGAUGAAAUUAGAAGUGGCCAACAAGAGCAACCCAGACACAUAUUGGGUGGCUACAAUCAUCACCACCUGUGGGCAGCUCCUGCUGCUCCGUUACUGCGGCUACGGGGACGACCGCAGGGCAGACUUCUGGUGUGAUGUGAUGACAGCAGACCUGCACCCCGUGGGCUGGUGCACGCAGAACAACAAGGUCCUGAUGCCUCCAGAUGCAAUCAAGGAGAAAUACAUGGACUGGACAGAGUUUCUCAUCCAGGAUCUGACCGGUGCCAGGACGGCCCCUGCGAAUUUGCUGGAAGGUCCUCUGCGAGGAAAAAACCCUGUAGACCUCAUUACAGUUGAUUCCUUAAUAGAGCUGCAGGAUUCCCAGAAUCCCUUUCAGUACUGGAUAGUUAGUGUGGUUGAAAAUGUUGGAGGAAGAUUACGCCUUCGCUAUGUGGGAUUGGAGGAGACUGAAUCCUAUGACCAGUGGUUGUUUUACUUGGAUUGCAGACUUCGACCAGUCGGUUGGUGUCAAGAGAAUAAAUACAGAAUGGACCCACCUGCAGAUAUCUGUUCUCUGAAGACUAUAACUGAGUGGAAAUGCGCUCUGGAAAAAUCCCUUAAUGAUGCAGCAAAUUUUCCUCUUCCAAUGGAAGUAUUCAAGGACCAUGCUGAUUUGAGAAACCAUUUCUUCACUGUGGGGAUGAAGCUGGAGGCAGUGAAUAUGAGGGAGCCAUUUCAUAUCUGUCCUGCAUCAGUGACCAAGGUUUUUAACAAUCAUUAUUUACAAGUGACCAUUGAUGACUUGAGACCUGAACCCAGCAAAAUCUCGAUGCUUUGCCAUGCAGAUUCCUUGGGGAUCUUGCCAAUACAGUGGUGCCUUAAAAACGGAGUCAAUCUCACACCUCCCAAGGGUUACUCUGGCCAGGACUUUGACUGGGCAGACUACCAGAAGCAGUGUGGAGCCGAAGCAGCACCUCACCUGUGCUUUAGAAAUACAUCCUUCAGCCGUGGCUUCACCAAGAACAUGAAGCUGGAGGCGGUGAACCCCAGGAACCCUGCAGAGAUUUGUGUUGCUUCCAUCACCUCAGUGAAAGGACGGUUGAUGUGGCUGCACCUGGAAGGUUCACAGAUGCCCUCUCCUGAGUACAUUGUUGAUGUGGAGUCUAUGGACAUUUUCCCUGUUGGCUGGUGUGAAGCAAAUGCUUAUAACCUCACCCCACCACACAAAGCUGUUUUGCGCAGGAAGAGGAGAAUUGCAGUUGUGCAACCAGAAAAACAGUUACCAUCCGCAGUGCCUGUUGAGAAAAUACCUCACGACCUCUGCCCAGUUCCUCAGCUAGACACAACAGGCACCAUCAAUGGGAGAUACUGCUGCCCCCAGCUCUACAUCAACCACCGCUGCUUCUCAGGUCCAUAUUUAAACAAAGGCAGGAUCGCAGAGCUACCUCAGUCUGUGGGGCCUGGCAAGUGUGUGCUGGUCCUCAAGGAGGUUCUCAGCAUGGUAAUCAAUGCAGCUUACAAGCCAGGGAGUGUUUUACGAGAACUGCAGCUUGUGGAAGACCCUCAGUGGAAUUUCCAGGAGGAAACACUUAAAGCAAAGUACAGAGGGAAGACGUACAGGGCGACCGUGAAGAUCGUGCGGACGUCGGACCAGGUGGCGGAUUUCUGCAGGAGGGUCUGUGCCAAGCUCGAGUGCUGCCCCAACCUCUUCAGCCCUGUGCUGGUGGCUGAAGUCUGCCCUGAGAACUGCUCCAUCCACACCAAAACCAAGUAUACUUAUUAUUAUGGGAAGAGGAAAAAAAUCAUUAAACCACCAAUUGGGGAAAAUAACAACAUGAAAAGUGGCCAUGUCAAGCCAGCCAGACGCAGAAAGAGGCGGAAAUCUAUCUUUGUGCAGAAGAAAAGGAGAUCAUCAGCUGUGGAUUCAAAUGCUGCAGGCUCUGCAGAGGAGAGCGAGGAUGACGAGCCGGACGCGAUGGAGGACGAGACGGGGAGCGAGGAGACGAGCUCGGAGCUGCGCGAUGACCAGACGGACACGUCCUCGGCCGAGGUGCCCUCCGCCAGGCCCCGGCGAGCAGUCACCCUGCGGAGCAGCGCCGAGCUGGACAGGCCUCCUCCCACGGAGAGAGCCCGGAGGAGCCGCAGACCCCAGCCCCACUCCUACAGCGAGGCAGAGAAGGGCACACCAGCCAAGGAAGAAAUUAAGCAGGAAGAGGAAGAGAAGCUCAUCCUGGACAGUAACCCAUUGGAGUGGACUGUGACUGAUGUUGUGAGGUUUAUUAAACUCACCGACUGUGCCCCCCUUGCCAAAAUAUUUCAGGAGCAGGACAUCGAUGGCCAGGCCCUCCUGCUGCUGACACUGCCCACAGUGCAGGAGUGCAUGGAGCUGAAGCUGGGUCCAGCCAUCAAACUGUGCCACCAGAUUGAGCGAGUAAAAGUCGCUUUCUAUGCACAAUACGCCAACUGACUGCACUUCUCCAUUCCUUCCUGUCCCCCUCCUUGUUCCCUGUCUUUUUUACCAUUUCAGCUUGUUCAAGGGGUUUUCUGCCCCCAGAUCCUUUUUCUUUACCAAGAACAAGUGGAAUUGGAAGCACUGGGUUACUGUAGGGGGAAGGAAAACAAACACAAAAAGGAACAAGCUACAAAUGGAACUCACUUUUCUGUACUUGUAAAGCACAUGGAAAGACUGCUGGCAUCUCUCCUCGUGAGCCUCUCCAACCCAUUGCCCAGUGGUGCUAGGCCAGCAUGGAUCAGGUGGUUUGUCACCAAACCACACCUAUCAGUGCCAGACACAUUCCCAAGGAGAAGGGUCAGACGUGUCCAGGUGGUCAUAGUUUGUCUAGGACAAUUUCUGGACAUUAACAUUUCUUUUAGACAUCUCUGACACUCCUCUUUCAUAUUGAAAUGUAAGACAUCAUUUGUAGUAUUACCUGGGAUUUAACUUCAAGUUUGAUCUUGGUGAUCAGUGUGCUUUAUUUUUUUUCCUCCUGCCUCUCCGGUUUUACAAAAGGAAAAAGUGUUACACCAGACAUAUAAUGGUUAUUCCUGACUGAAUUUUGAAAGGGGACUCAACCCAUGGUCUCUGUGAUAUCAAAGUUGCAGUGGACUGACAGGGGUGACACAAGACCUGGUGGGGCAGCAGCACAUCCUGAGCCACGCUGGCUCUGCACUAUCAGCUGAAUAUCUCUGUGAUGGGAUCUGUACAAUUCUCCAUUCUUGUACAGGAACAUGAAGGCUUUCAUAGUCAAAAUCUGACUCUUCAGUUCAAGUCAAUAUAAAGACAUGUCUUUGAGCCAUAUGGUGACAGCAGAUUGGGAUCAAGGACUCCUGCUGACCCCUGUUCUCAGAAGAACCUACGGACCAACACCAGGCUCCAGCUGCUGCAUUCUCCUUCAUUGGUUUCUUUCUUAAAUUCUUUGGAGAAGAGGGGGGACCUUCAGAUAUAAAUAAUCUGGAAUACAUCCAGAUCUUGCCCAGAGGGUGUUUUAGGCAAGAAGCAUUGACUCUGCCAUGGAUCACUUGGGAAUUCCUAGCUUGUCUUUCCUGAUUUGUCACUGAGGAAUGGGAUGGGUGCAACUGCUGCAGGCUGGACCUGAUGCUGAGACUUCAUCAGAAA